AUGGCCGAGAACGCAAACCCUCUUCCUACCUCCUCGGAACAACAAAUCGAAACCCACGAGCUUCCCUCCAGAGAGCUGCCUGAAUCUGCGCAACCUCCCACCGAACAGACGCCUGAGAUCCAACCCCAUCAGCCCCAGCAGACCUUCUACGCAGGCUCUCAACACCCGAGCGGCUAUAAUACUCCGACUCCACUGUAUGCACUGCAGAAAACGCCAGCACCUGUCGACUGUCCGGCCUGCGGAGAGCGGAAAAUGACUCGCGUGGAGGCCGAAACGGGCAGUUCAACUCAUGCUUGGGCCGCAGUGCUCUGCUGCUGCCUGUGUCUGGGAUGUAUUCCAUAUAUGAUGUCGUCGUUGAAGGACCAGUGCCAUUACUGUGGAAGUUGUGGUGCCUUGUUGGCUACAUGGCAUAACAGUGGACGGACGGAUGUGCAUCGGCCUGACUCGAAGAAGUAA